CGACGAAAACAGCCAUUCAGAAAAAGGAAAAUAAAGCAACGCAGGAGCCCGCUAGGCCGGGACCGUGGGGCUGGGCUGGAGUGAAGGUGCUACGAGCUCUAGCCCCAUGCUGGGAUGGCUGAAGAUGAGCCUGAUGCUAAAAGCCCCAAGACUGGGGCAAGGCCCCCCCAAACUGGUGCAGAGGCUGGGGAACCCACCACCCUUAUUCAAAGGCUCCGAGGUACCAUUUCCAAGGCCGUGCAGAACAAAGUAGAAGGAAUCCUGCAAGAUGUACAGAAAUUCUCAGACAACGACAAGCUGUAUCUCUACCUUCAGCUCCCCUCAGGUCCCAGCACUGGAGACAAAAGCUCAGAGCCAAGCACGCUUAGCAGUGAAGAGUACAUGUAUGCCUACAGGUGGAUCCGCAACCACCUGGAAGAGCACACAGACACCUGUCUGCCAAAGCAGAGUGUUUAUGAUGCUUAUCGAAAGUACUGCGAGAGUCUUGCCUGUUGCCGCCCACUAAGUACAGCCAACUUUGGCAAAAUCAUCAGAGAGAUCUUCCCUGACAUCAAGGCCCGAAGGCUUGGUGGCCGGGGUCAGUCCAAAUAUUGCUACAGUGGCAUACGAAGGAAGACAUUGGUAUCUAUGCCACCCCUGCCUGGACUUGACUUAAAGAGUUCUGAGAAUCCUGAAAUGGGCCCAGAAGUAACCCCAGCACCUCGGGAUGAACUGGUAGAGGCAGCCUGUGCUCUGACCUGUGACUGGGCAGAGCGAAUCCUGAAACGGUCCUUCAGUUCUAUUGUUGAGGUUGCCCGCUUCCUGCUGCAACAGCAUCUCAUCUCUGCCCGAUCUGCACAUGCCCAUGUGCUUAAGGCCAUGGGGAUUGCUGAAGAGGAUGAACAUGCCCCUCGAGAACGGUCAUCAAAGUCCAAAAAUGGUGUAGAGAACCUGGAGGGGGGAGCCCACAAGAAACCAGAGAAACCAGCCCAGCCUCCUAAGGAGCCAGAAGCCCGGGCUGGAACUAGCCCUUCUGCACGUGGAGAGCGGAAGAAGAGUGUUAUUGAGAGUUUGGCUCCAGCAGCCAGUAACCCACAGGUUAAUGCCCUAGUGGCCCGGCUGCCUCUGCUCCUCCCCCGAGCCCCUCGCCUACUUAUUCCUCCAAUUCAAGUCACUUCACCUAUUCUAGCCCCGAAGCUUCCUUCAGGUACCCUGAAAGUGGCUACACUGCCUCUGCCCAAUAGGGCUGGGGGACCCCAGGCAACUAUGCCCAUCAUUAACAUGAUCUUACCAACUGUUCCUGCUUUGCCUGGACCAGGGCCAGGACCAGGCCCAGGACCAGGCCCAGGACCAGGACCAGGACCAGGACCAGGACCAGGACCAAGACCAGGGCGAGCUCCACCUGGAGGACUAACUCAGCCCCAGGCCACAGAGAACAGGGAGGUAGGCAUAGGUGCUGACUCAGGACCCCAUGACAGGGGUGUCAAGAGGACAGCAGAAGUACCUGUGAGUGAGGCCAGUGGCCAGGACCUACCAGCUAAAGCAACAAAGCAGGAUACAGAGGAUCCAGCAAGUGAUGCCAAAAGAAAACGGGGGCGCCCCCGAAAAAAGUCAGGUGGAAGUGGGGAAAGAAAUUCCACCCCUGAGAAGUCAGCAAAAGCCAUGGACUCCGCCCAGUCCUCAAGGUUACCAUGGGAGACCUGGAGCCUAGGAGGGAACAGCAACUCAGCUGGAGGGGUAGAAAGGCCAGGGCCAGUGCAAGAGGCUGAGCAGGAGGCAGUACUUGCCCAGGGUCAGCAUGAUGGUGCUGUUUCUAAAGGAGGAAGGGGCCCUAGUUCCCAGCAAGCCAAAGAAGCAGAAGAUAAAAUUCCUGUCAUCAUCCCCAAAGUGAGUGUCAUCAGGGGCAGUAGAAGCCAAAAGGAAGCUCUUCAGGUGGUAAAGGGAGGGCCAGACACUGCAGCACAGGGUAAUAAAGGCUUAAAGGGGCAUGUGCUUCAAAGUUCCUUACUUCAUGAGUGUAAAGACCCUAAGGCAACACCCCCAUGACAGGCAGGUCCAUAGUGUGGUGUCCAUAUCUGUAUUUAACUGCCUGACUGCCUAGUAGAGGCCUUUCUCUGUACUUGGUUCUCAUUCAGCUGUUCCUUCCCUAUGGAAGUCCUUUCUCUGUACAGACUGCUGAGUCACUCAGUCUUACAUAGUGCCUGGUGGCAGCCUCUAACCUUCCCAGCUCAAUACUUUGGCUUUGGUGUAACCAAUAAAUCCACAGUAACAUAACCUGGAUCCCUGUGCCCUCCUGUGGGAAGAUAGGGAUGGGGUAAGUAUGAUGAAUGUUACAAGUUAGAGGUCUUCUGGUUUUCAAUCAUAGAAAACCUAAUUCAGAAUGGCUUAUAAUAAAAAGGAUAUACUGUCUUAUGAAGUGAAAAGGCCACAAGUAGUGCUCCAGGUGAAGCUUGAUUCAACCAUUCAAAAUUUAGUCUCACUGUUCUACCUAAUAGAAAACCAUCUCAAGCUUGGGCCACCUCAUAGCUACCAGCACUCCUGAGUUACAUGUUUGUCCAAUAUAUAUAAGUCAGAAUCCUAGCAAAAGUCUGAAGAUUCACUGUGAUUAGACCAGCUGAGUCAUAUUCAUCCCUGACCAACCAAUGUGGCCAAGAAGAUGGGAUGCUAAGGUGCUUGGGUCUAUAUCACGGACCACUCUUUUGGGCAGAAGGGGAACUGCAGUCCUUGUAAGCAGAUUCCCCAGAUGAAGACUAGGCCAGAGAAUUGCUGGGAGGCACUACUCCUCACUACAGCUAUGAAGUACAUGUGACUCUAGGUUGCUUGGCUGAGAUCAACUCAACCUUCCUUUUUCCUCCGUCUUGCAUUUCCCUUACUGCAGCUGUAACUCUUUCCUCUUGUUCUGUUCUAGUCUCAUGGAAGGAGAGGAAAGUCGUUUCCUUUUCAGGGUCUCUCCGUUUAGCUUAAAUGACAAUCCUUUUUUCCACAUCUCAGACAUGGAGCUCCUUCCCUUUCCUAUUUUUGAAUUUUCACUUUCUUUUCAUUCCUGUUUCCCUGUCCCUCAAUCUGCUCCUUUUACUACCUGGAGUAAAAGAUUUCCUUUCUAGUCAUUUCAUUAAAUUCCUUCUCUGACUACCAGGUGUCAGUCUCUUGUCAUACAUGUGUCAGGACUUAGCCAGGACUGUGGGGUUAGGUCAUAUGUAUGGAAAGAGUUAGUUCUGGGCUCAGAGAGUACCAAUUGGAAAGGGAUUCGGACCUUCCAGGUGUAUUCUUGGGAAAAGCAGUAAGCAGACCCAUUGAGGACCUACUUUAGGGCGGCUUAUGUCAGGGAAUCUUGGCUCUUCCCAAGAAACAGACUUUCCUUCAGGGAGAUGUCAUUCAUUUGUCCAUUUAUUUCUACUACCACAGAUUUUUAAAAAUUAUAAUCUAUAAACAUAUAACGAAUAAAUUAUUAUGUUAAAGAAAUAAGCACCUAUGAGCAUCACUCAAUUUAUACAUUAAAAUUAAAAAUAGCAUUGAGUUUGUGUUCCUCCCUAUUCCUGUCUCCUUGCUGCUUCUUAAAGGUAACCACUGUCCUUAACUUUAUUAAUGACUUCUUAUGUAUAUAUGUGUAUAUAUUAAUCAUAUGUAUAUAUUCUUUAAAAAUAUAUUGUUUGGUUUUGCUUGUUUUCUAGCUUUUCAAAAGCAUUACACAUUACUAGUCCUUGAAGGUUUGUGUUUUUUUUUUUUUUUUUGGCAUUUAACCACUGCUUCUAAGAUUCAUCCAUGCUGUUGUAAUAGCUCUGCUUCAUUCAUUUUCAUCUGUAUAAUUCUCGAGUGCAUAAACCACAAGUCAUUUGGCCAUUCACCUAUCAAUGGAUAUUUGGGCUGUUUCCAGUUUUUCACUAUUACAAACAAUGCUGCUAUGAACAUUCUUGUACAUGUUAGUGCCUUUGUUUUUAGUGAUUUCUACGGAAGUUUCUAAGAUGGUCCUUUUAGUCUGUACAUUCUUGAGUUGGGAACUGUCCUCUUGUCUUAUCCUCAAAAAGAGUUUACAUCAGAGUGAAAUGAAUUGUUCCUUGAAUACCUGGUAAAAUUUAACUUG